CAAAAUACUAGGAGAAGGAGAGUAAAGGUCAACCCAACUUUUUCAAACAUGGAAAACGACGCUGGACAAUUGGUUGACCUUUACGUCCCCCGCAAGUGCUCUGCCACUAACCGUAUCAUUCAAGCUAAGGAUCACGCUUCCGUUCAACUUAACGUUUGCGCUGUUGACGCUGAAGGUCGCCAAAUCCCUGGCGAGAAGACCACCUACGCCAUCUCCGGUUUCGUUCGUUCCAAGGGCGAGUCCGACGACUGCAUUAACCGUCUCACCACUCAAGACGGUCUUUUGGAAGGUGUCUGGUCUUACCAACGUUAAGAGCUGUAUAAUGCUUCUUACCUAGAAAAAGGUUCAAAAUUGAUGCUUGGAAUUUAAGCCAAAUUUUUUGUUUUUGGGGGCUUGUAGUAAUCGUGGAUUAAAUGAAAGUAAUUAAAGUGUAGAUUCAUGUAACAAGUGCAGUUUCAGC